UUGAAUGUAACGUCAACUACUAGUAUUUUUUGUGUCUUUCAAUUUUGAAGAUAACCGACUUGCCAGUACUUGACUUUUCAGUGCACUGAUAGAUCAAGUUGGGAAGCCAGUAGUAGCUAACAGUCUGCAUGUACAUGCCAUUCAGAAUAUUGAAGUAUAAAUAAAGGAGAUUGUAUUGAGUGGUUGAAAUAUAUGGAAUAUCGAAUAUCGAAUAUCGAAUAGGUAAUAUGGGAAAUGAUGUUGUGCAUGUGUUGCUUGUGUCGUUCCCAGGACAAGGGCACGUGAAUCCUCUUCUGAGGCUUGGCAAGUGGCUGGCCUCAAAAGGUUUGCUGGUGACCUUCUGCACACCCCAAACAUGGGGAAAGCAGAUGAGAGAAGGCAGCGAUAUCUCGGAGGAGGCAGUCGGGGAGGGGUUCCUAAGGUUCGAAUGCUUCGAAGACGGGUGGAGCGACGACGACCCAAGGCGGCAAGAUUUGGAGCAAUACCUCCCCCAACUGGAGAAGGCGGGGAAGCAAGCCCUCCCUUCCAUGAUCCGCCGCCACGCCCAAAAAGGCCCUCCCGUCGCCUGCCUCAUCAACAACCCUUUCAUUCCAUGGGUAACUGACGUGGCGGAAUCCCUCUCCCUCCCUUCCGCCAUGCUCUGGGUUCAAUCCUGUGCUUCCUUUUCCGCAUACUAUCACUACCACCACAAACUCAUCCCUUUCCCCUCCCAAGCCCAGCCCCAUCUCGACGUUCAGCUUCCCUGCAUGCCCUUGCUCACACACCACCAAGUCCCCACCUUCCUCCAUCCCUCCACUCCCGAACCCUUCCUCGGAAGGGCAAUCCUCCAACAGUUGUCCAACUUGGAAAAAACCUCGUGCAUUCUCAUGGACACGUUCCAGGAGCUGGAGGCUGACGUGCUGGACUACAUGUCAAAGAUUUGUCAUGUUCCUAUUAAAACGGUGGGGCCCUUGUUCAAGGCAUCAGAGAGCGUGCACGGGGAGUCCGAGUGCAUGAUCAAGUGGCUUGACUCAAAGGAAGCCUCUAGCGUGGUGUACGUAUCCUUCGGCAGCGUGGUGCACUUGAAGCAGGAGCAAGUGGAUGAGAUCGCGCACGGCCUUCUGGAGUCGGGGCUUUGUUUCCUGUGGGUGAUGAAGCCGCCUCAGAAACACAGCGGAAAAGAGGCCCACGUGGUUCCGCAUGGGUUUCUCGAGAAGGCUGGGAACAAGGGGAAAGUGGUGCAGUGGUGCCGGCAGGAGCAAGUUCUUGGUCACCCCUCCAUCUCAUGCUUUCUCACUCACUGUGGGUGGAACUCGUCCGUGGAGGCACUCACCUUUGGUGUUCCCCUUGUGGCGUUCCCGCAGUGGGGGGACCAAGUCACCAAUGCAAAGUACUUGGUGGAUGUGUUCCAAGUGGGUGUUAGGAUGUGCUGGGGUGAGGCUGCUAAUGAAUUGAUCAAGAGGGAUGAGGUGAUGCGCUGUUUGUUCGAGGCAACUCUUGGCCCCAUGAAGCAGAAUGCCCUCAACUUUAAGGCCGCAGCAGAAGCCGCAGUUGCGCAACCAGCUGGUUCUUCUCACCGCAAUAUGGACGCAUUUGUCGAUCAACUCAGCAAGAGAAGCCUACAAAUUCUGAAAAACUACGCCAAUGCUGCUUCUCUCAACUCACCCUCCCUUCCAAUUUAAUGCCAAAAUAUAUAAUAUCCCAGUCGUGCUCAAUUACUAUAU